GAAGGCGAAUAGGCCAAUCAGCGUCCAGACUCUUCAGCUACGGCAGUCCGCUUCUCCUCCUCGCCCUGUCGGAUCUCUAGGCUGGAUCCGGGCCUCUUCAAUCAAUAGCGGCUAGGAGGGCGGGGCGCGUGCGCGCGCACCUCGCUCCCGCGCCGGCGCGCUCCUCCUGCAGGCUCGUGGCGGUCGGUCAGCGGGGCGUUCUCCCGCGUGUCGCGACUCAGAGCCUCCAAGCUCAUGGCCUCCUUAGGAGCGAACCCAAGGAGAACACCGCAGGGACUGGGACCUGGGGCGGCCUCCUCUGGCUUCCCCAGCCCGGCCCCAGUGCCGGGCCCCAGGGAGGCCGAGGAGGAGGAAGUCGAGGAGGAGGAGGAGCUGGCCGAGAUCCAUCUGUGUGUGCUGUGGAAUUCAGGAUACUUGGGCAUUGCCUACUAUGAUACUAGUGACUCCACUAUCCACUUCAUGCCAGAUGCCCCAGACCACGAGAGCCUCAAGCUUCUCCAGAGAGUUCUGGAUGAGAUCAAUCCCCAGUCUGUUGUUACGAGUGCCAAACAGGAUGAGAAUAUGACUCGAUUUCUGGGAAAGCUUGCCUCCCAGGAGCACAGAGAGCCUAAAAGACCUGAAAUCAUAUUUUUGCCAAGUGUGGAUUUUGGUCUGGAGAUAAGCAAACAACGCCUCCUUUCUGGAAACUACUCCUUCAUCCCAGACUCCAUGACUGCCACUGAGAAAAUCCUCUUCCUCUCUUCCAUUAUUCCCUUUGACUGCCUCCUCACAGUUCGAGCACUUGGAGGGCUGCUGAAGUUCCUGGGUCGAAGAAGAAUCGGGGUUGAACUGGAAGACUAUAAUGUCAGCGUCCCCAUCCUGGGCUUUAAGAAAUUUAUGUUGACUCAUCUGGUGAACAUAGAUCAAGACACUUACAGUGUUCUACAGAUUUUUAAGAGUGAGUCUCACCCCUCAGUGUACAAAGUGGCCAGUGGACUGAAGGAGGGGCUCAGCCUCUUUGGAAUCCUCAACAGAUGCCGCUGUAAGUGGGGAGAGAAGCUGCUCAGGCUAUGGUUCACACGUCCGACUCAUGACCUGGGGGAACUCAAUUCUCGUCUGGAUGUCAUUCAGUUUUUUCUGCUGCCCCAGAAUCUGGACAUGGCUCAGAUGCUGCAUCGGCUCCUGGGUCACAUCAAGAACGUGCCUCUGAUUCUGAAACGCAUGAAGUUGUCCCACACCAAGGUCAGCGACUGGCAGGUUCUCUACAAGACUGUGUACAGUGCCCUGGGCCUGAGGGAUGCCUGCCGCUCCCUGCCGCAGUCCAUCCAGCUCUUUCGGGACAUUGCCCAAGAGUUCUCUGAUGACCUGCACCAUAUCGCCAGCCUCAUUGGGAAAGUAGUGGACUUUGAGGGCAGCCUUGCUGAAAAUCGCUUCACAGUCCUCCCCAACAUAGAUCCUGAAAUUGAUGAGAAAAAGCGAAGACUGAUGGGACUUCCCAAUUUCCUUACUGAGGUUGCCCGCAAGGAACUGGAGAAUCUGGACUCCCGUAUUCCUUCAUGCAGUGUCAUCUACAUCCCUCUGAUCGGCUUCCUUCUUUCUAUUCCCCGCCUGCCUUCCAUGGUAGAGGCCAGUGACUUUGAGAUUAAUGGACUGGACUUCAUGUUUCUCUCAGAGGAGAAGCUGCACUAUCGUAGUGCCCGAACCAAGGAGCUGGAUGCAUUGCUGGGGGACCUGCACUGCGAGAUCCGGGACCAGGAGACGCUGCUGAUGUACCAGCUACAGUGCCAGGUGCUGGCACGAGCAGCUGUCUUAACCCGAGUAUUGGACCUUGCCUCCCGCCUGGACGUCCUGCUGGCUCUUGCCAGUGCUGCCCGGGACUAUGGCUACUCAAGGCCACGUUACUCCCCCCGAGUCCUUGGGGUACGAAUCCAGAAUGGCAGACAUCCUCUGAUGGAACUCUGUGCCCGAACCUUUGUGCCCAACUCCACAGAAUGUGGUGGGGACAAAGGGAGGGUCAAAGUCAUCACUGGACCCAACUCAUCAGGGAAGAGCAUAUACCUCAAACAGGUAGGCUUGAUCACAUUCAUGGCCCUGGUAGGCAGCUUUGUGCCAGCAGAGGAGGCUGAAAUUGGGGCAGUAGACGCCAUCUUCACACGAAUUCAUAGCUGUGAAUCCAUCUCCCUUGGCCUCUCCACCUUCAUGAUCGACCUCAACCAGCAGGUGGCGAAAGCAGUGAACAAUGCCACUGCACAGUCGCUGGUCCUCAUUGAUGAAUUUGGAAAGGGAACCAACACGGUGGAUGGGCUCGCGCUUCUGGCCGCUGUGCUCCGAUACUGGCUGGCACGUGGACCCACAUGCCCCCACAUCUUUGUGGCCACCAACUUUCUGAGCCUUGUUCAGCUACAGCUGCUGCCACAAGGGCCCCUGGUACAGUAUUUGACCAUGGAGACCUGUGAGGAUGGCAACGAUCUUGUCUUCUUCUAUCAGGUUUGCGAAGGUGUUGCGAAGGCCAGCCAUGCCUCCCACACAGCUGCCCAGGCCGGGCUUCCUGACGAGCUUGUGGCUCGUGGCAAGGAGGUCUCAGACUUGAUCCGCAGUGGAAAACCCAUCAAGCCUGUCAAGGAUUUGCUAAAGAAGAACCAAAUGGAAAAUUGCCAGACAUUAGUGGAUAAGUUUAUGAAACUGGAUUUGGAAGAUCCUAACCUGGACUUGAACGUUUUCAUGAGCCAGGAAGUGCUGCCUGCUGCCACCAACAUCCUCUGAGAGUCCUUCCAGUGUCCUCCCCAGCCUGCUGAGACCCCAGUGGGCUGCCAUGCCCUCUUUGUUUCCUUAUCUCCUUCAGACCCAGAGUUUUUAGUUUCUCUAGAAAUUUUGUUUCAUAUUAGGAAUAAAGUUUAUUUUGAAGAAA